GAGCCCCUCCCUCCCUCAUCCAAGCCCAACAAGCAAGCAUCCUCCUCCUCCUCCCUGUCUUCAUCCUCACACACGGAUGCCCUCUGCUCAAAUGAGCAAACGCACAAACGUCAACAUUUCUCUUAAUUUCAUUCUUGGAUAAAUAACGUGCGAUGCCAAUAUCCGUCUCCCCGCUAUCGUGUUGACAACAAAACGACGGAAUACCAACAAAAGGUACACCAUCUGCCUCUUUUUUUUUUUUUUUUUUUUUUUUUUAAUCCUCACAGCUGUCAACAUGAUGCCCGCGUCGUCUUCUUCCGCCUGGCCGGGAGAGGAGCGACCGUCCCUGCUGGACCAGGAGGAGCCCGAGCUGAGCCAAGUGUCUGUGGCCAUGCCCUGCCCCUCCCUCGGCGUGGGCGAGCAGCUCCCGUGCGGCGGCGACGUCGGCAGCAGCAGCAGCAGCAGUCCGGCCGGCGCCGGACCCCCACGCAGCAAGUCCAAAGGCGAGCUGGUCAUCGUCAUUAACGACAAACUCAGGAGCAGUAACGGGGCCCUCGCCGGCGACGGCGCCUCCCCUGUGGUCCCGUCACCUCCUCGACGCCAGCACUCCAUCUCGUACCCGCACCACGCCAAGACCCGGAAAGGCAGCCGGGCGGGCUCCAUCGGCUACACGGCCUUCUCGCCCAGGCCCUCGCUGUCUCGUCACUCCAGCAUCGCCACCAACCCCCCCUUGGACCGCACCAAGGUGAAGGACUACCUCCUGCUCUCCGUGCUGGCCUGCUUCUGCCCCGUGUGGCCCAUCAACAUUGUGGGCUUUGUCUACUCCAUCAUGUCCAAGAACAGCCUGGAGCAAGGGAACCUGGACGGCGCCGUGCGUCUGGGCCGCGUGCCAAGAUGCUGUCCAUGGGUCGCUAGUGGGAGGGAGUUCAUUUCAUCGCCUGCAUUGUCAACCUCGCCAUCAAUGUGAAAACCUGAGUUUCAUCCCGCGAUGAAACGGGAUAAGGCAGCCGCAUCCCGACCGGCCCGCACCUGCACCGCCUGUUUUUUACCAUCUAGUUGUUACCUGGAUGUGCGACUAAAACCAAACUCAGCCACUUAUUUUCUAGCCCCUCUGAUCUUAGAGAAGUCUGUUUUGCUCAUGGAAGACAAGAUGCAAAAAAAAAAGGGGAGGUGGGAGGGAUUGGGAACGUCCGCCAGUUUAUUGUUGGAGGAUGGAGACAAACUGAUUGGUCCCUGAAGUCGCAGUCGAUUGGACAUCUCGGCUGCGGCGAUCCCAGGACGCGCUCGCAAGCAUGUCAAAUCCCCUCUGAUACACGGAGACACUCCACUCGCCCCGCCCCGUCACCAUCUCAACCCUGGAGGACAAAACGUCUCCAUCACCCUGUUCUGAGACUGCCACGAUAACACGGAGAGAUGAUGCGAGUCUUGUCUUGCAAAGUAAAAGAGAACAUAAGUGCCAAAAAAAAAAAAGUCUCAAUUGUUAUCACAGGGCCAAAACAUUCCGCAAUCUUCUUAACGCUGCCACCUUUUGAAGCACUGUGAGUCACACCAUUGAAACUGUAGCAACGGACACGCUCGGGACACAUUAGGGACACCUGCGAUAUUCCAAGGACAUUCCGUAUGAGCAAAGAUUCAAUCUUUUUUUUUUUUUUGUCAAAUCCACUUGAGCACAAAAAACAACUCAAUUUGGUUCAAAAAAUGACAACUAGUAUAACCACUACUAAUUAAUUAAUUAACGUGUUGGUAUCUGUGGCUUGCUAGUAACAUGUAUUGAAUGUCCUGAGUUGAUGCAGGUGUCCCUAACAAAGUGGCCAGUGAGCGCGCUUUAACAUUCAAAUUGUGUCGGUCACAGGUUAUCUUUUGGUAAUAUUUGUACACGAUCUCGUGUGUGUGUGGGUGCGUGUGUACUUUGUAAACAAAGGAGUGGCGGGUGAUUGCCAUCCACGUCGUGAGCGUAGCUUGCGUGCGCUGCUGCUCGGUCACGAGGUAGCUUUUUAAAGAACGAUGCAUUUACAUUGCAAACGCCCAUGAAAUUAUUUCUCGGCUAUACGCAGUCAUGGAGACGUUCAGCUUGGGUGAAAUCGGUCUGUGCAUGUUUUGCCGAGCUGUGAUUGCGUAUUUCUAUCUUCUACUCGUGAGGCCUGCACUCACUCUGUUGUGUAUUCCUUCCUCCUUUACCUGCCAUUGUCACUGUGAUGCAAACCAACUGGCUUCUUACCGACCUUACACAAUCGACUCCUGCCUCCUGUCAAGGCCAACAGCCCCCCCCCCCCCCCCCCCCCCCAUGUAUAUUUGAUCUAGUAAUCUUGAGUUGUAGCGGUAUAUUCUGCUGAUAUAAUCCUCAAUGAUCGUGAUAUGACUAAUAGUUGACCCAGCCGUCCUAUUAGCAGCUGGCUUCUGUUCUGAUUAUCUUGUAGUGACUGGCAUGCCGUGGGAUUUUUUCGGAUUCAUGUAUGAACCACGAAUUGUCACUUUGGAAUAUUAUACUUAUGCAGUAUAUUUAUAAUAAAGACACAAUGCAUGCAG